GCCGGAAGUGGGGCUCGGGCCGGCCGCGCCGAGGGGAGGGAGCCGGUGGGCGCGCAGGAGCGGGAGCCGGGCGGGAGGACCUGUUGGGAGCCGGCGCAGCGCUGGAGGAUGCUGGCGGCGAGGAGGUCGCGGGGACGAGCCGGGGCGGAGCCGCGGGCCGGGGCCAGUGCUCCCGCCCCGGAGCCGGGUUUGAGGAGGAAUCCGCCGGGAAUGAAUGGAAGGUAUAUGAGUGACCUAAAGCUGCAAAAGAAGACGGAGAGAGAGCAGUGCCAGCUGCAAGCAGGGCAAGGAUGCCAAUUCCUCCUCCCCCGCCGCCCCCACCUGGGCCGCCUCCGCCUCCCAGCUUUAAUCAGGCGAGCACAGAGCCGCCCAAGCUGAGCAGGGAGGAGCAGCGGGGCCGCGGGGCUCUCCUGCAGGACAUCUGCAGAGGGACCAAGCUGAAGAAGGUGACCCACAUUAACGAUCGCAGCGCUCCCAUCCUUGAGAAACCCAAAGGGAGUGGUGGUGGUUAUGCCUCCGGAACAGCGGCCCUGCAGCCCAAAGGACCUCUCUUCCAAGGCGGCGUGCCCAAGCUCAGGCCCGUGGGCAACAAGGACAUUUCAGAGAACCUGGCUGGGAAGCCUGCCCUGCAAGCCCCCAGUGCUCGAGCUGCUGCCCCCCGGCCUCCUGUGUCAGCAGCUGCUGGGCGCCCUCAGGAUGACACGGAGAGCAGCCGCACCUCCCUCCCAGAGCUUCCCCGGAUGCAGAGACCCUCGCUGCCAGACCUCUCUCGGCCCAACAGCACCAGCAGUAGUGGCAUGAAGCACAGCUCCUCCGCCCCACCGCCGCCACCGCCUGGGCGCCGGGCUAACGCGCCCCCCACACCUCUGCCAGUGCACAGCAGCAAAGGCCCGGCCUACAACAGGGAGAAACCCUUGCCGCCCACCCCCGGACAGAGGCUUCACCCUGGUCGCGAGGGGCCUCCGGCUCCGCCCCCCGUGAAGCCACCUCCCUCCCCUGUGAAUAUCCGAACCGGACCAAGUGGCCAGUCUCUGGCUCCUCCGCCGCCGCCUUAUCGCCAACCUCCAGGGGUCCCCAACGGACCCUCCAGUCCCACGAACGAGUCUGCCCCGGAGCUGCCACAGAGACACAAUUCUUUGCAUAGGAAGACACCAGGGCCUGUCAGAGGCCUGGCACCUCCUCCACCCACCUCAGUGUCCCCCUCUUUACAGAGUAACAGGCCGCCCCCUCCAGCCCGAGAUCCUCCCAGUCGGGGAGCAGCCCCUCCACCUCCACCACCCAUGAUCCGAAAUGGGGCCCGGGACGCACCCCCUCCCCCUCCACCAUACCGAAUGCAUGGGUCAGAAUCCCUGAGCCGAGGAAAACCCCCGCCUCCGCCUUCCAGGACGCCAGCUGGGCCACCACCUCCGCCCCCCCCUCCCCUGAGGAAUGGCCACAGAGAUUCCAUUACCACUGUCCGGUCCUUUCUGGAUGAUUUUGAGUCAAAAUACUCUUUCCAUCCAGUAGAGGACUUUCCUGCUCCUGAAGAAUAUAAACACUUUCAGAGAAUAUAUCCCAGCAAAACAAACAGAGCUGCCCGUGGAGCCCCACCGCAGCCCCCCAUUCUCAGGUGAGGCCUGGCGUGGUCCUGUUCCUCAGGAAAAGAAUGGAGCCUCUCCUCUCCUCAGACGGCCCCUGCCACCCCCUCAGCCCUGCAUGAGCGCUCCCUGCGUGUUUCGCCAGUGCACCCGCCCCUAGACUCCAGGCGUCCUCCCGCUCACCUCCAUCUAUGCAUCUUGUCUCUGGAUUGGGGGAUCAGACUCCGGGGGUGAGGGGGGCUGCAGACCCUGCCUCCGCCGCUCCUCCCACAAGUCCCGCUGGCCAGACGAGGACGUGCUUCCCACCUCUGCUUUCCUCUGGGGAAAGGUGCCUUGUUGAGAUGAACUGACUCGCUGUUGGAGCAGGAUGGAGAGUGGCACCUCUGCCGCUGUCGCCUGCUCACCGCAGGGAAGCUUGGGAGGGCUGUCGUCGUCGUCACUGUCGCCGUCAUCGUUGGACCACAGCAUCCUCAGGAGGCUGGCAUAGCCAGGACCUGGGGCGGUGGGCGCUUGUCACGGAACGGGAAAGGAGUUUGCCAAGAAGUGAUCUGUUUUAAAGGUCGAAUUAGCAGAAAGGGUGAGGAAGUGGGUCUGCUUGAUUUUGGUCUUGAUCCCAUUCUGUGUCUCCACCCCAGGGUUAAUGUUGGAUAUAAACACUAAAUACUAAUUGGCUUAUCUAAACAUCAAUAACACUAACUGGGAAUCCCUAUAGAGCUAGUCAGUCCCACUUCAGCAAAGGGACCAGGAGCCAUUUGAGUCCCGUAGGUCUCCCCACCCCAUCUCCUCAAGAUGCUGAGGCUGAAGGAUGGAACACCCCCUGCCCCCCAGGCCGAAAGAGAAAAGCCACUUACAUCCAUUCCUCCCAGAUUCCCAGGCCUCCGGACCAACUCCAGUGGGUGAUAGGACAAUCGGGCCUGGUCCCUGGCCUAAACCUUGACCUUGAGUCUGCCUGGCCCUGAUGGCCAGUUACUCUUCAGUCCCAUCCAGAAACUUCACGGGUUUAGAGCACAUG